CUCUGUCAGGAGUUGGAAGAAUGGGCAUGCGACGGGGCUGCUUUGUUUACUGCAAUUGAGUUGUGUACUUACGGGCCGUUUUACCUCGUUUGGUUGCAUGGCCUCCGCGAUUACCAGGAAGCUGUCUUCUUCUCGGCCAUGCACCUAUUUAUUUUAACUCUUAAGUUAGGUCAGAAUCAAAAUUGAUUUCCUAGUUAGUGUGUACGCCUAGAUAUAUAUACGUAAGCCCUGUAGACACUAUCCAACUCUCAAUAAAAAUGAUGUAAAUGAGUGUAACAAAAAAUAACGAUGUAGUUUUAUUCAAAAGCACCAUAAAGCACUAUAUAAAGCCCCAAAACUAGAGGAAACUCUAGCCCACAGUAAGUACACAAAGAAAAAGCGUUCCAUUGCCUACUAACUAACCCAUAAUUCCCUUUAUUUAUCUUAAAAAUAUAGCCAGGAUCACAAAUAAAUAUAGAUACGCCUAGUACCAGCUCCGUAAUGUCAGCAGAAGCCACUGAACCAUUAAAGAAGUUCAAGAAGUUCAAAGACAACCUUCCCAAGAACACACCGAAAAGAUUGCAGCACAAGGCGAAACACAACAUGAAUUUCGAUCGCAACAGAUUUACAAAACUUAUGAGCUCCAUUAAAAAGAAGUACAAUGUUAAGAAGAAUCCUCAGGUUCAGCGAAAGUUUGAACUCCUUAGGAACUCACCCACGAAAAACCUUGCAGUGCCAAAACCUAAAAUCUUCACUCCGCAGCAGAAAAUUACAAGUGAUAUAUGCAAAAUUGAAGAGGGCGAAAUCAUCGAAACCAGUGACGACGAUGACUGCGUGCUGCUGGAAACUACGAACGUCCCUAUAAACCUCGAUGAGGACGAAAGCGAUACGGAUACGGAACCAUUUUCCAGUGAUAAAUUCUUUAAAGCUUGCCAACGCCGUGCCGAGAAACUUGCCACUCCGAAAAUAAUUAAAGAUUCCCGGCGCGAUUUAGCACUGCUUAUGAAACCAAAGUCGGACCAUGAAUUGCUGUACUCCACUAUAACAAAAUCGGAGUCUUCGUCGGACAAUGCCUGCAUCGAUUUGCUUGAAAGUCCCAAAUCAAUGCCGAUGCCAAUCGAAAACAAUGACGAUUCGGUGAUUCUUUUGGAGGAUUCUAUUGGAGGAGAAGAUUUCAUUCCCUUGCAUAAUCCGUUGGCAAAGAACGCAACGAAACUCAAAACGCAAACCCCGAAAAAAGCGUCAAAGAUAUCGAAUAAGAAAAGUGGACGUAUGAGCCUCAGUCAGUUUUCCUCGGCAGAUAAGAAAAAAGUGGGGGACUACAGUAGGAAUACGUUCAAUGCCACUGAGGAGACCGAUGGACCAGGACAAGCAAGCGGCAAGCUAAAGUCAAAUAAGCGCUCUAUUAUCAUUGACGGCAGCAAUGUGGCCUUUGCUCAUGGCAAUUCCAAUUUGUUCUCCUCUGAGGGCAUCAAGUACUGCCUGCAGUAUUUUGACAAAAUGGGACACAAUGCCAAGGCUGUGAUGCCAUCGUUUCGGCGAAACGCCUUCAAAUCUUCCAAUCCCGAGCUUCUCGAUCAGCUCCACAAGGAGGGAAAGGUAGUUUUUACGCCAUGCAAGAACAUUCCCGGCCAGAAAUCGAUUAGCUAUGAUGACCGGUUUAUUUUGCAGCUUGCUUACGAGUGGAAUGCUGCGGUAGUAUCAAACGACAACUACCGAGACCUGAUUGACGAGAGUCCUGCCUUUAAGAAGAUCGUGGAGACUCGAGUCCUUGGUUACACAUGGUGCGACAACAUAUUUAUUCUGCCAAAGGAUCCCUACGGACGCUGGGGACCCACUUUGGAUGAAAUCCUGCGAUGUUAGCUCACUUGGCGUUUAGUAAGAUUGCGAAAAGCGCUUUGCAAAGAAGGAGCGUAAAGCACAAAGUAAAGCUCAUAAGUUAAUUUCCGGCAUUUACCCGGGUUUCUAUCAUCACUUAUUUACUGUAUCACAACGUUGUAUAUAUAACGAUUUCUACAUAAAAAAAAUUUACUUAAUAUUCAUACAAACUCAGGUUAAAAUGUCGUAAUGUUAUAUAUCAUGAUAAAUAAAUAAUGUAUAGAACACUA